AUGAUGGCCACACUGCGACGACCAUCCGCUCUUGGAGCUAUCUUUGUUGCACAUGGCUCUGAAGAUUUGUACAAAAAUGAUAUUCAUUAUGGCGAUGGUAUUCUUCAUCAGGACGAAUAUAUACUUUCUGUCGAUCAUGAAAAUGCAUUGCCGGCCACGCCCGACUAUGUAAUGAAUGAACAAUGGAUCAGAGAACGAUUUACAGUGAGACCUUGGAUCGAUGUCUAUCUCGAACAUCAAUUAGACGAUUCAUUUUGGAGAAAACACUCGAUAAAAUAUGCCUAUGACAAUCUCACUGUACCCGUUUAUCUACUUGCAGGACUCUACGAUGCCUACAAAGAUUUUGCCGUCAACAUAUAUGAGCCUGCGCAUCGUGUAUCGCCCAAGAUCAAAGUCGUCGUUGGCCCAUUUGUUCAUGCAAUGCCUGAGUAUUCUAACCGCAAUCCAGGUCCCGGUUUCGAUGGCAAAGCUGAGAUGGUUCGAUGGUUCAAUCAUUGGCUCAAAGAUGACAACGAGAAUAGUGACAUUAUGAACGAGCCCGAUAUCACACUGUUCAUUCGAACGAGUCUCACCACAGGUACCUAUCGAUAUGAGUCUCAAUGGCCAAUUGCUCGACAGCAGACACGUCGAAUGUUCAUGAGUAAAGGACAAAAACUGGUUGAACAACCAGCAGCAGCAUCAUCAACAGCCUCAGAAGGGAGAAAAAAUAAUACAGAUGUGGACACGCUUGAAUAUCGACCAUGGAUUGGUUUUGAGGCCGGGGCAUGGUUGGGCGGACUGACGGGAGAUCAGCGAUCUUUUGACAAAUACUGUCUCGUCUAUGAGAGUGAUCUGAUCACGGAAGCAAUCGAAGUUGUUGGUUUUGUCAAAGUGUCUCUUCAGGUGAGCACCACCGCUCGUCUAGCUCACUGGAUUGUGCGUCUUGAAGAUGUUGAUAUGACACUUGAUCAAGUGUGGCUAGUGGCUGUAGGUGCGUUAAACGGGGCUCAGCGACAAACACCACCGGCCUAUCUCGAACUGAAUGACGUAUACACAGUCACUUUUCAGCUUCAUUUCACCACAUGGACCUUCUUGUCCGAUCAUCGCAUUCGUGUUGCUGUUUCCAAUGCCAUGUUUUACAGCAACUGGCCAACUCCGUUUCCAAUGAAUACAUCACUCUAUCUCAAUCCAUCAUCCACUUUCGUUGACUUACCCAUUAUUCCUGUUUUGACAUCGACACCACCACCACCGCCGUUCACUCAACUACAAGUCUCACCUGUCGACAUUCUUCCAAUGCCAUUCUCGGGCGGCACACCAAGAACGUAUCACAAACAUGAAACAGAUUUAGCAACAACAAUUACUUUCGAACAAAUAACCUAUGAACUCUUACCUAACGGUUGUUUCAUGUCGGCUCUCCUUGCGUGGAACUUUACUUGUUCGCACUUGGAUCCUGGCGAUGUGCGAUGGACAACACAUGCACGGCAAGUCUAUGUAUUUGGUAUGAAUGGAUAUGCAUCGAUCAACGAUGUGCCUAUGCAAGAUGAUGAGGAGCGAGUCUAUCCAAAUGUCGAUCUGUCCAUGAGACGACAUUUUGAACUCAACACCGAAUUGGUUAUGGUCUCGGAUCAAAACUAUUUUUAUAUCAAUUUGAAACGUCAAUUAUUGAAUCCGAAUGGAGCAAUAAGUGAGCAACCAGUGACAUUUGUGUUUAACGGAAAGCACAAGAGACAGUUUCACUAG